CGGCGGCGGCGCUGGGGCCGCACCUGCGGCCGCCUCAGGGCGGGACGGCUGCUCCGGGAGCGGCGGGCGGGGCGAUGCCCCCGGGGCAGAGGUAGCCGCCGGGUGCCGGCAACCCAUGUGCGAGCCGCGCUCGGGGCGGCGGCCGUCCUCAUCUCGGUGCCCGCCCCCGGCGCCCUGGCCCUGCCCUCGGGCGGCGGCGGUCGCGCCUCCGCCCCGAGCUACCUCCGCACCUGGACCGCCGCCUUCCCCGCCGGCAGCGUGGCGCAGCCAGCGGCGGGAGCGUGUGCCGGAGCCGCGGCCCCGGGAGACGACGACGGCGGCGGGGAGAUGGGCGACAAGAAGGUGGCUCUCAUCACCGGCAUCACCGGGCAGGAUGGAUCGUACUUGGCUGAGUUCCUGCUGGAAAAAGGCUAUGAGGUGCAUGGAAUUGUUCGUCGAUCUAGUUCGUUUAAUACAGGCCGGAUUGAGCAUCUCUAUAAGAACUCACAGGCUCACAUUGAAGGAAACAUGAAGCUGCACUAUGGUGACCUCACGGACAGCACCUGUCUGGUGAAGAUCAUUAAUGAAGUCAAACCCAAUGAGAUAUACAACCUGGGAGCUCAGAGCCACGUCAAGAUUUCUUUUGACCUAGCAGAGUAUACUGCUGAUGUUGAUGGAGUUGGCACUUUACGGCUCCUAGAUGCUAUUAAGACCUGUGGCCUUAUCAAUUCUGUGAAGUUCUACCAAGCCUCCACCAGUGAACUUUUUGGAAAAGUGCAAGAAAUCCCACAGAAGGAGACCACCCCUUUUUACCCAAGAUCUCCUUAUGGUGCAGCAAAACUGUAUGCCUAUUGGAUUGUGGUGAACUUCAGAGAGGCCUACAAUCUCUUUGCUGUGAAUGGCAUUCUCUUCAAUCAUGAAAGUCCCAGGAGAGGAGCUAAUUUUGUUACUCGAAAAAUUAGCCGAUCAGUGGCAAAGAUUCACCUCGGACAGAUGGAUUCUUUCAGCCUGGGCAAUCUGGAUGCUAAGAGAGACUGGGGCCAUGCCAGGGACUACGUUGAGGCCAUGUGGCUGAUGCUGCAAACGGAUGAGCCAGAGGACUUUGUCAUUGCCACUGGGGAGGUCCAUAGCGUCCGUGAAUUUGUGGAGAAGUCAUUUAAGCACAUUGGAAAAACCAUUGUGUGGGAAGGAAAGAAUGAAAAUGAAGUUGGGCGAUGCAAAGAGACUGGCAAGAUUCAUGUGACAGUCAAUCACAAGUACUACAGACCAACUGAAGUGGAUUUCCUUCAAGGGGACUGUACCAAAGCCAGGCAAAAGCUGAACUGGAAGCCCAGAGUCACAUUUGAUGAGCUGGUGAGGGAGAUGGUGGAUGCCGACGUGGAGCUCAUGAGGAGCAACCCCAACGCCUGAGCCCUCUGGGACCCAGCCAUGGCACAGCUACAUGGGGGCCGUGCUGGGGGCCACCCCCAGCCCCGGUGGCUCUAUGCUAGCAGCCUGUGUGUGCAAGGCCGGUUUUGUCCUUCCUCCAUUCCCCCAGUGCCUCAGGCCCCACACAUCGGGGGCAGCCCCGCUCCUCCACCCAGGCCACCUCUGGUGCCUGCCACACUACUUUACCUAGAGGAGCCAUUGGCCAGAGAGCCCACCGACUUACUUUUUAAUUAAAACUUGUCUUUCUAUUACUUAAUGCGACCUCCAGCGCAUUUUUAGUACUUUCUCCCAUCUGAAUGCCAGCACCCCCCAGCAACAGCAGCAGCACACCCCUGGUGCUGUGUGUGCCCUCCAGUCCCUGCUCCACCGCAUCCUCCUGCCUUCCUUUUCUGAGCACUCCUUGUUUUCCCUUCCUGCAGCUUCCCUCCACCCCAGCGACCCAUUUCCAGCACUUGAACUCUGUAAAAAUUCAGAUAACUCGAUCUAACUUGCAGUGAAAUCGCCUUUUGACCAUGCCAAAUUAAUUCCUAAUUGCUGGAAUCGCUUUCAGAUCAGGCAGAGGGGGUUUGCACGCACGCUUCAGAUCUUCAUUGCAGGGUGUAAGGGGUCACAGAGAGCCUUUCAGUCCUUCCCAGCCCCUCCUUCCCAAAGUACCUUCCCAGCCCUGGGGUUUGGGUAAUUUUUUCCCCUUUUUUUUUCCCCCAGAAUCAUCUCAUUCCCCACCCACCUUCUUCCUGCAUACUAUGAUUAAACCUUGGACUGGAGCUUGAACCAUCUCAAAAGAUGGCUUAAGAAAUUAAAAAAUUAAAAAAAAAUAAAAAAAAUAAAAAGAAGCAUGGUUGUUGGUUUUUGUUGUUUUUUUUUUUAAAAAGCAACUUCAAGGUGAGUAAAUAUUUUUGCACUCUUCGUGCCAAGGUGCCUGGGUUAUCCAGAGGUCGCUGAGCCCGUCUGUUUCCCAUUGGUUUGGGAUCUUCCACUACUGAUCGUGGCCAUCACUUCAGCCAGGUGCCCCAAACACGAAUGGGGCCAUCCUGCAGCCGACCAGAGGGAGCUCUCACGGGGGAGUUGUGCUUGGUGCUGGAUGGGGCACCGUUUUGCAGAAAACAGGGGGGGACACGAUGGAGGCUGCAGGGAGAGAGGGCUCCUUGUGCACUCUGGCAGCUGACAGAGAUGCAAUGGAAAAUGUGUAGGGUGCUGUGGGGCACAGGGAAAGAGCACUAUUGUGGCACAGCCCUUUGGGGCCACUUUGUGCAGGUGAGUAGAGUGCGAGCCUGGGGUUGUGGGGCUGCAAGAGCAGAGGGGGAGAGAGAGGAAGGGAUGGGAGCUGCUCUGCUCUGCUCACCCUGAGCCACAGCACUCGUGCAAAAGGCUGUUGCUGGCAGAUCACCGUGGCACGUGUAAUAAUAACAAUUAAUAAUCAUCAUCAUUUAAAGGGAAAAAAAGGAACAAGAUAACUCAACCCUAAAGCACUUUCCCGACGACGUAUUUCUGGGAACUAUUUUUGCAUACAGUGAUGCCCUGGGAUGUUCGCAGUAUAAUAUCGGCUUGCAGCCCCUCCUGUGUGUCGCCAGCGCUCCUUAGCCCUCGGUGUUGUUCUCUGCUCGCCCCAACCGCGCUGCUUUAGAGCCAGUUGGUGUUCAGCCUUUGUGUUGGGGGCAAAGUGGGGGAGCGGCAGACAAAACGGAUCCUAAACCAAAGGUUCCCUCAGGGCGAUUUGCAGUUCCUCUGCCAGCCGGACUCUUUGCAACGACCACGGGAUCACGUUUUAGAAACGGAACAAAGCAAAACAAAGUAAAAUAAAAUAAAACAAUGAAAAAAUAAAAUACAAACGCACGGCGAAGUGAGCAGACGAUCCCUCUAUACGGAAUCAAUGCACCGCUCGCAGACCCACGUUCCCAACGCCCGUUCAUCGCCCAAGUCGGGCGCAGCGCAGCCCCAUCCGUCCCUCCCGCACGCCGUCGCUCCGACCGCGCCGUCGGGCGCACCGCGGCUCCGCGCAGCUCCGAGGGCGGCUGCGAACCGAGCCGGGCCG